AUGGUUCAGUCGAUGGACUCGUUACCGGUACGCCUUCUGCCAGCGAAUCUCCGACCGCUAGCCUACCGGGUGCUUUCGAAGAAGCAUGGGCUCAAUAUUAAGACCGACGCCCUCGCCAAACUCACAGAGGCGGUGUCGCUCAAAUUUGGCGCCAACUGGAAAGGACGCGACACCUUCGAAUUCCUCGAGGAAGUGGCUCGCAUAUGGAAGCUAGAGGACAGGGGCCUCUUCUUGGACGAAGAUGGUAUCACCCAAGUGCUUAAGCUGAUGGAGCUUCAGCCACAGCGACGGAUAACUCCGGAACUUAGCGAUGACCCUUCGGCCACUCAACUCGCUCUCAAUUGGAAGGAGUAUUUCCGAGUCAUCAAUCCGCCUGACCAACCGUUUUAUGCUUACGAUCGAACCCGAAAACAAUUCUACACGUUAAACGAGCAGCCUAGUCACCUUGAGGCUGCCAUUGAAAUGUUCACCCAACGCUAUCUGAUUAUUGCUGAUCGACUAUCAAGAAAUGAGAUGUUCCAGAAGAAAAGCUUUUCCAGUGUCCUGCUGUUUCGGGAGACUGCCCCUACCCAUGAGAUCUCGAUGAUCAAGAACAUGCUUGGGCGGGAUGGGAACACAUUUUUCCUCUUCGGACUUUUGGCCACUGAUGCCGAGGGCAACUGGAUUCUCAAUGAUGCUAGUGAUACCGUGGAACUUAAUUUGGAUCAGACAUAUAAGAACGUCCUGACUUUCUACGGACCGGGGAUGUUUGUUAUCGUUGAAGGCAUUUACAGUGCUCUGGGAGGGCACCAUGGCCUGACAUCGAUGGUGGGGUGUUUUUACGUGUCAAAUAUGGCGCUGCCCACCGCCGAACGGAGAGAAACGUCGCUUGAUAAUUUUGGACACCUUGAUUUCAUGGGUAUCAAUCAGGAUGCGGAACCCGACCAACCCGUCACUCGCGUUCCUAAAGAAAUGAUCAAACAAUUGGUAUCACUUGAGAAACAAUACACUGGUCAUAAAAUGAUUUUCCUCGGAUCGGAAUGUCAUCUUGAUGAUCCCGAUGUACUCUCGGCGCUUCGCAAGUUUUUCCAUAAACUUGAAGCUGACUUGACUCAAGCUUACGAAACCAAUGAUUUGUUUAAUGACAACAGUGAACGUCGUGCACCAUUGGCGAUUGUCAUGACAGGGUCGUUUGUGCUGACGCCCGUGGUUCCCACCACUAUCAGUUAUGGCAGCUCCUCCAACUCUCAGCGCUACAAACAAGGGUUUGACAGCUUGGCACUGAUAUUGGAGCCUUUGAAUCAGGUAAAGAAGUGCAAAUUUGUGCUUAUCCCUGGAAGCAACGAUCCAUGGCAACUGAUGUGGUCUCAGGGCGCCACCGCUGUCAACGUCGUGCCUCAAAAACCCUUAUCAAAACAAGUGACUCUGCGACUUCAACGGACACUCAGAGACAAUCUAGAGUUGGCAUGGAAUCCUGUACGCAUUAACUACUGCUCUCAGGAGAUCGUCGUGAUCAAACAGGACUACAUGAAUAAGUUUAAGCGUCUGGACAUCAUCUUCGCUAACGAUCUUGAACGGAUGAGAGCCGAAGCCGAAGCUGAAGAUGCGGUGCCUCGUGAUCAAGAUGAACGGAUCCGACAAGUGGCAAGCCAAGGCAAGGGCACUCUUCUUCCUCGUACCGUCGAACAGGCUCGUCGACUCGUGAAGACGGUGCUUGACCAAGGUAACUUGGAGCCUUUCCUCCCUACGCUGCGAGUGGUAAAUGCUCGUUACAACCACGCUCUCCGCUUGGAGCCGAUGCCGACGCUUAUGGUUAUGCUCGAUGCUCUGUUUGACCAAUUUGAGUUAUUGUACAUGGGUUGCCGCGUGGUUAACUUGGGCCGAUUAAUAUCGAUGCCUCGCGAGCUCAAUUACGGUGUUUACUAUCCUCAUCUGCGCCGCUUUGUGCUUGAGGUUCUUCAUUGCUGA